AUGAGCGCCACUCUGAAUUAUAAGUCUUUUUCUAAAGAGCAGCAAACUAUGGAUAACUUGGAGAAGCAGCUUAUUUGUCCCAUCUGUUUAGAAAUGUUUACUAAGCCAGUGGUUAUCCUUCCAUGUCAGCACAACCUCUGUAGAAAAUGUGCCAGCGAUAUCUUCCAGGCCUCCAAUCCAUAUCUACCAAUCAGAGGAGGUACCACUGUGGCUUCAGGAGGUCGAUUUCGCUGCCCCUCCUGUAGACAUGAAGUAGUUCUUGACAGGCAUGGAGUGUAUGGCCUUCAAAGAAACCUGCUGGUGGAAAAUAUAAUUGAUAUAUACAAACAGGAAUCUUCCAGGCCUGAAAGAAAAACUGAGCAGCCAAUGUGUGAAGAACAUGAAGAUGAGAAAAUUAACAUUUAUUGCCUGAAUUGUGAAGUGCCCACCUGUUCCAUGUGCAAAGUUUUUGGUGCUCAUAAAGACUGUCAGGUUGCUCCCCUCUCAAAUGUGUACCAAAGGCAGAAGUCUGAACUUAGUGAUGGGAUCGCUGUGCUCGUGGGAAGUAAUGACAGAGUACAAGGAAUUGUAACUCAGCUGGAGGAAACCUGCAGAACAGUUGAAGAAUGCUGCAAAAGGCAGAAGGAGCAACUAUGUGAAAAAUUUGAUUAUUUGUAUGCAAUAUUGGAAGAACGAAAAGGUGAGAUGACACAAAUAAUCACUCGGAGCCAAGAGGAGAAAUUGGAACAUGUCCGGUCUCUGAUAAAAAAGUACGCAGACCACUUAGAGACAGUAUCAAAACUGGUGGAAUCAGGCAUCCAAUUUAUGGAAGAGCCAGAAAUGGCUGUAUUUUUACAGAAUGCUAAAACAUUGCUACAAAAAAUUACUGAAGCUUCUAAAGCAUUUCAGAUGGAAAAAAUAGAGAAAGGCUACGAAAAUAUGACCCACUUCACAGUCAAUCUUAACAGAGAAGAAAAGAUAAUUAGAGAAAUUUACUUUUACAGAGAAGAAGAGGAGGAGGAGGAAGAUGCUACGGAAGGGAAAACACCAGAUGAAAUCCACACUGAAUCAUCAGGUGAAGAAGAUGAAAUAUCUGAACAAGCAUCAUCUCAGCAACUUCAACAGGAUAUUGCAUUAAAAGACACACUAGCAGUAUCUCAGAGUAGUCUGGCACCAUCAUUACCUUCUAACCCACUAGUUAAUACUCCUACUACAGCAAAAGAGGAUGAAAUUGUAGAUACUACUACAGCACAGCCUGCAGAACUAGUAGAGACUGGACUACAGUCAAAUGGAGAGCCAUCUGAUCCCUUGUUCUACCCUAGUUGGUACAAAGCAUCACCACGACAAACAAGCAAUUCAAAUCCAGCUCCAUUGACCGAAAGUAGGCAGGUAGGGCCUUCCAUUCCUGUAGAAGUGAAUGUCAAGAAGACAGAGGCUUCAGAAGCAGCUUCUGCAAAUACAAAUUCUGCUGUGUGUGGUAAGGAAGUUAACCCAUCUACAGAUACUUCACAGGGGUUGACAUUCUGCAUAUCAGUUUUGGCUUUUCUUAUCUUACUGCACCAUAUCUGGAAUCAGAUUCAGUACAUGGUUUUUUCUUUGAGGGACUGGGACUGAGACCUUACAAGGACAUGUGGAAGGACAGCCUGGGAGCAACGAAAGAGUUGAUGAGCCAGCUCGUCAUGUUUUCUCUUUCUCCUGGUUGAACUCAUUGAAUGAAUGAUGACUCCUAGUCCAGAUGGCAUCUGGUGAAGUCAAUAGCAGGAAAUAACAACAAGAACACAUUAUAAAUAAUAGCGGAUCAGAUUUUAUUUCAAGACUUUAUUUUGAAAAUCAUCACAUUGGAUCUGACUUUUGUAUAAUUUGAGCAGAGUGGUAGUGGUGGGAGAGAAAGAGUAAGAGUUAAUACCUUGUCAUGAACCAUUUGAAUGCCAAAUUCAUACACAUUUUUUUAGCUCAUGCUAAAUAUCAAAUGAUAACAUUUCUUGUCCAGUUUGCCUCUAGGUACUGGGAUUUGGACAUAAGGCUCUGUAGUAUUUCUAAUAGCUGAUCAGGGUUAUGCCCAAAUUAUUAUAGGAAUGAGGCAAAUGCCCCUACUUACGUUCAAAUAAAAUUAAAAUCAGAAGGAAGGAAGGGAUUGAAAAGAAUAAUAUAUUUACAAGCAAGCUAAAAACUAAAGUAAAAGUAAAAAUUCAUUAUGCAUAUUUGUAAAAUGCCUUAGGCAUAUUCUUAGUUUCAUGUUUGUACUUUAUCAUUUCUUCACU